GGUCCGGUCCUUGAGGCGGAGCAGGAAGUGGGUGUUAGCAGGACGGUGCAGGACUAACAUGGAUGAAUUUUGACAUGGUCCGUGUUGAUGCACUGAGCUGCGUGCACGUGAGGCUAGAUUGAAGUUUAACCAGCUCACACACACUUUCCGUCGUGACACUUUGCUUCUCGCUGCGAUGGAGACAUCCGCGUGACAGCUGGGCGCGUGUACACAGGCUAACUAGCGCACAGCGGCUUCCCAGGUGAGAAGAGACAGCUGUCACUUCAGCAUCACAGUCAGCUUCAGCUUCUUCUCCCAUCAUUAAACUGGCGGUUCAAUGCCUAACACAUCAGAGAGUCAAGGAGGGAACCAGUCUCGGCCAGAAGAGCAAUCAGGGCAGCAGAGGACAACUGAUGAAGAGGGCCGCAGCCUGAUCAGCUCCCUGACCCGGGAGGCCGCCAGAGCGAGGAGGGCUUCCAGCGUCGAGCUCCAACUGCCAUGGACUUGCCCGGUCACACACUCCAGAGAAAAGUUCUACACAGUGUGCUCGGACUAUGCUCUCCUCAACCAGGCUGCUUCGGUGUAUUGUCCCCCGAGUACAACCAGGGACAUGGUACAGAACAAGCAGGAUGAUGGGCCUGCGCUGGUGAAGCCCAAACCCUCAGUAGACUUCAGCACUUGUGGGGCCCAUGUGGGAUCAGACGGGGACUAUGAAAUGGAGCAAGUGUCCUCUGGCAACACCAAGCCUAUUCUGGCUUGGGAGAUCGACACAGUAGACUUCGAUGCCGUGCUUAUGAGAAAAAUAAGAACAAGCAAUGUAAAGAAAUGCAGCACCAAGAAGAUGAAGUCAUCAGACAGACCCAGCCGAAAUCUGCAAGACAUCCCUCCUCACGCCUCGCUGGAGGAGAUCAAACAGCGUAAAGUGCUCGACCUCAGAAGAUGGUAUUGCAUCAGUCGGCCCCAGUACAAGACUUCAUGUGGAAUCUCCUCCUUGGUGUCCUGUUGGAACUUUUUAUACAGCACUAUGGGUGCAGGGAGUCUCCCACCCAUCUCUCAGGAGGAGGCUCUGCAUAUUCUUGGCUUUCAGCCGCCUUUUGAAGAGAUAAAGUUUGGUCCUUUCACCGGAAACGCUACUUUAAUGCGGUGGUUCAGACAAAUCAACGACAACUUCAGAGUGCGAGGUUGCUCCUACAUUCUUUACAAACCCCAUGGAAAACACAAGACUGCAGGAGAAACAGCGGAAGGAGCGUUGAUGAAGCUGACACAAGGGCUGAAGGAUGAGUCCAUGGCCUACAUUUACCACUGUCAGAACCACUACUUCUGCCCAGUGGGCUUUGAAGCUACACCACUCAAAGCAGCAAAAGCUUACAGGGGCCCUCUACCCACAAAUGAAAUGGAGCACUGGAUCCUCAUCGGAGAGCCCAGCAGGAAACACCCAGCUAUUCAUUGUAAAAAGUGGCUGGACAUUGUGACUGACCUCAACACACAGAACCCGGAAUACCUGGACAUUCGUCACACAGAGAGGGGGAUCCAGCACCGCAAAACCAAAAAGGUGGGCGGCAACCUGCACUGCAUCAUGGCAUUCCAGAGGGUGAACUGGCAGAAGCUCGGCCCCUGGGCGAUGAAUUUGGAGAACCUGCGCCACGACUUCCACCACUCCAGCGCGGAGCGGUCCCGCGGACACGUCUCAGAGGACACGGAGGAGAGGACGUCGAGUAAACGCCUGGCUCACCUGGGACGCUCGCACAGUAUGGGAAGUCAGAAAGAGAGCAGCUGGAAACGCCUCUCCAACACCACAGAGUACAGACAGAGGAGCUCCCCUGACAGCGACCUCGCAGAAGACAUCACAGACUGAAAAGGUUCAGCGUGACGUACAGGGGAGGACGAAAUAACAGACACUAUAACACAUUUCGG